GAUGUAUAGAACUUCUUUUGCGGUGCAGUUCACAUAACUUCCUUAUAGUACUGCGAUCUCUUCUCGUUCUUUGUUCCAUUUCAUUUCAUGGUAGAAGAGAGGAGUUUGAGCGACGGCAAGAAACACACACCCAUGUGAUACUGCACUUACAGUGCUCGACAAGCUAUUCAGUGUCCACGCGAAAUGCCCCUACUCGGUAUGAGGGCGUUUGUCUCUGCGACUCGCAUACACACAAACGCCCCCCAAAAAGAACACCUUAAAGCGGCAUUCGCUUCUCCUUUUUUUUAAAGGACACAAUUUUGGUGGUGCUGCUUUCUGCAUCAUUGGAGGAGAAGUGGCAGCGGCUUGCCGUCUGUAGAACAGCGAAGGAACUGUAAACGAGCCAAUCAGCUCUGGUAAAACCGUCUAUGUACCAGUUUAAUUCGUACGUCAUGGGAAGAGCGCUUUUGUGGCAAGGGGGCUUUCCGGACCACGCACGCGUCGCUAUGCCAAAAAGAAGAAAAAAAUAGUUCGUCUCGUGUCUGUGACAUUCGUUUCCUCUCUGCACGCAACUUAACUCUCCCUCUCUCUUUCCUUUUUCUCUUCAAAAAACUACCUUUCCCUCCAAUAGUCGACGCCCGCCCCAGCAGGCGCACUUUCGCUCCAUUUUGGGUCCCCGCCGCAACACACGUCGUUCGCUUUGUUUCGAUUCUCCUCUUUCUUCAGCACCGUCACCGAAGUCCGGCGCCACUGCACCCGUUGAAUUAGGACAACCGCAGUAAAAACAGACUUUCUUCUUUCUCCAUCUCUGCGCGCACACACACGCAGAAGGGAAAAGCCUGAAUUGAAACGGGUGUUGUGACGGGCUGCUAGCGGAUACGCACUUCGUAGAAAGUAUCGCACCUUCAUCAUGCGUGCCGCUCUUUUUCUGCGGUGCCCAGUUGGUGCUGCCGGUGCAGCCGCCACCGCCGGGGCAGCAACGGCGAAAGCAGCGGAGGCCGCUGCAGGUAGUGCAGCACCCACAGGGAGUGCGAGCACGAAGGGCGAAACUCCCGCCACGUCCCCCCCACCCCUCCCUUCACCUCCUACAAAACGCGCAGGAGGGAAAACUGGACCACCGAAGACGCCGUGGCGCACCUUUACUUUUAAAUCAUGGCAGCUACACACCGUCGAGGAUGCGGAGGCGCGGGCUACGAUGCCCAAAACGGUUCUCUACCACGGCGAGCAGCUCGGACCUCGUCCUCUCAUCAUCCUCGACCACAGCGUGCCGGCUUCCCAACCGGCCUCGGCGGUGACCGAUGCGUGUCUUGAGGCGUCGAAGAAGUUUGAGUGGAUGGCCUCCUCGCUGUUGUGGGACCACGGCGUCGUCUACGUCCCGCUGCCCGUCUCGUUGGGGGAGGCGAACACGAUGGAGCAGUCGUGCCGCCACGUCUGCGCCGUGCUGGACGCGCUGAACGUGCAAUGGAGCCACGUGCUGUCGCACUCGUAUGGCGCGCUGGUUGCUGCGCGCAUGGCGGCGUCGACGGCGUACCCGCACCGCAUCGGCUCCUUGUUGCUGCUCGACACCCCGCUGGUGACAGGGCAGCUGGUGCGCAACGCGAGGCAGCGCGAGGAGAUCGCACAGGCCAAGGCGGACGUCAACGUCCCCCCCGCAGAGCUCUCCUUUGCCGUGGAGUCGCUAAAGGGCGACGCGGAGGCGACGUUGCCCUACCCAGCCGCGGCGGACGCGGACCUUUAUGAGAACUAUCUCUUCUGCCCAAAAGAUAUUCUGCGCGAGGAAGGUCUUGUGCGGGAUGAGCGCCGUUACGUCCCUGUGCGACACCUCGCUCAGAUUCACCACCCACUGCAGCUGCUUGUGCCGGCGAAGGAGCCGGUGACGGAUGUGGCCGUCCACAAGGAUUUCUUUGCGCUGCGACGCCCUGCGGUCGUUAAGAGGGCUGAGAAUCACGAAGAGUUGUUUUCAGAAAAGUGCGCCGGCGAGGUGGCGGACGUCGUGCGGGCGUGGAUGCAGCGGUUUGAGCCGGACUUUGUGUUGAAGCGACGCUUUGAGCAGGCGGCGAAGGAGCUAGGCCAGUUAAUGGUCAGCGCAACGCCGUCGGAGAAGGCCGAUGGUGCGGGUGAAAAGAAACCAGAGAAGAAAAAGGAGAAGAAAAAGAGCAAGCAGUAA